GUUGCACUUUUUAGUUUGUAAUUUUAACGCGAAUAUUUUUCUCUGCAAUACGUUAAGAACUGUCCCUGAACUCAAGAUGCCAAAAAAACCACCUAAGAAUGCGUUUUACUUCUACAUGAUCGAUUUUAGAGAAGAACAGAGAAAAAAAGGCGUAAAUUAUAAAAAUAUGGCAGAAGUUGCUGAAGCAGCCGGUCAAGUGUGGCGGGAAGCACCUCCAUCUGUAAGAUCGAAGUUUGAAGGUAUCGCAAAGAAAGAAAAACAAAAAUUCAAUAUUCCUGAUAUGAAGUUUACCUCAACUGGUAUACCUUUGGCUCUUAUAGAACAGGCUGAAAAGGACGUUCGGGAAGCGGAAGAAUUUGAAAAAAAAGACAUCAAAAAUUUGGUCAAUUUGAGAGCAUUUAAUAACAGUAUUAAAACACUGGACAUAUACUUGAUGGAUGUGAACUACUACUGCAAGGCGGGAUCUGAUUAUAUCAUUGGUGAAAGCACAUUGCUACGCUUCAAUGUUCAAGAUGGCAUCAAGGAUACUUAUCAUGAGAUUAUUAAUCCUGGGGAUAUUCCACUCGGAUACACUUCUGAAGUCAAACUAGGCAGCCAGACUUAUGGUCUCGAAAUGCCAGACGAUUUAGCGCCGCGCAGUAACUACAUGCAGAUCUUGGCCAAUGUCAUCGAUUAUUUGAAGCAGGUGGAUCACAGGGCAAAGGUCUUGCCGCCGAUAUUCACCAUGCCUGAUAAAGUAGAACCGGUGCAGAACUUUAUUCACCAAAUGUGCCGACGAGCAGCUGAAGACGAGAAUCUGUUCCGUAUAUACAAGUUCGAUAUUCUAUUCUUUACAAUGGUAAACGCGCUUAAGACUCAGCCAGACGAAGGUUUUCCGAAAGAAUCAUUGGCCCUGCUACAGCUGAAAAAGGAUUCUUUUAAAUAUACGCCCGGGAUCGCUUGCGAGCACCACGAGAGCUCGGACAUGUCGGUGGAGUGCAGCCAGUCGCGCGCCAAGCGCUGGGCCUACACGGCGCUGGACAGCUGCUGCCCGGCCGCCGGCGUGGCCGCGCGCCCCGCCGCGCACGUGCCGCCCGACUACGACCUCGACAGUAUCCACGUUUUCAAGGAACAGAAGAAAGUCAGGCACGCGCCAUCUGUAGCUGAUUGUGCUCAAGCAAUGUCUUCAUGCAACAUUUCUGGGACAAGCGAUUCAUUCUAUGACACUACAAUCAACAGCUCUGUGGACAGUACAAAGAAAGAGAAAAGGGUCCACGUUCCAUUGCGUAUGCCCAAAGCUGAUUAUUCACAAGCUAUUCGAGUUGCACCGGAACUCACAGAAGCUGACUUUCCCAGUUUGGGACAAAGACCCGGUCGAGGUCGAGGCAUGGGCGGCAGUUUCAGCAAACUCAAACUUGACAAGUAAAGCAAUUGAAGUUAUAUGUCAUUAAUGUUUAAAGAUUUACCUACAGAUGCCUAAUUUUAAGUGAUAAUAAUUAUUUCUGACUUUCUUGUUGUUCAUCUAUAAGGAUAUUUUUUUAUAAUUUCUUAUAUUGACUAUUAAGUUUAUUCUUGUUAUCAUAAAUAGUGUCUAUGGUAUGAUUUGCAAAUAAAUCUUUAGGCGUAGCUGUGUUCACUGUACUAAUAUGACAACAUUGGCAACUGUUGAAUGGAGUUCG